CACAGAUCCUCACGCCCUUCGAUACCGAGCCCAUUGUCGUCGCCGAGCUACACGGCUUCCUCGCUGACCACGCCCAGUCCUCCUUGGUCGAGUGCUGCCACAGGCCACAGGCGUCCGCCGCCCAUUGACACGCGACCUCCUGGGAAUACGACCCCAUCCUCUGCUGGACACACCACGUUCUACUCCGACUCGUCCAGCCCCUCCAGCCCAGACGAGGAGAGUCCCAGACCAUCUCCCAACGCCGCCCCGAAUGAUACCCGAAACUUCCAGAGACCUCUGAACCCGAAGCCUACUGAAGGCUCGUCGAGCAAGGCUCCGAGCUCAGCAAUGGCUAGUGCGACGACAUCCACCGCGGCCGGCGGUGCUGCUGCAGGCCUGCCUCGCAACUCCUCCAUCGACAGUGCCAUUUCUGCCGCCUCUUCGAGCGCGCAGGCGAACAACGCCGCUCAAGCCCAAGCAAAUUCGGAAGAGAUUGCGAAGUUGAUCACAACUGCCGGAAGUCCCGAGGCUGUGAUCCAGUACCUGCUCAAGGAAAAGCAGUCGCAGGCGCAACAGAACAGCCAGCUAUGGCGUCUGGUGGAUAAACAGAGGGCCAUGAUCCUGGGGCUGAAUAAGGACUUGGAGGCCGCCCUCAAGGACAAGGAAAAGUACCGGAAAAAGCUGAAAGAACUGAUGGCGAAUCCCUUGUUACUAAAGCCAUCCGGUAGCCAGGAUGACAAGAAGACUGCAGAUGCGCACGACGAUGCACUCCUGCUGCGCCAGGAAGUCGAGUCGCCAAAGGAACCCCCAGCACCAUUGCCCAACACCCCCAAGCUGGAUACCGAGAGCCUGGGCUCGCCGGUGGACAUGGCUCUGGCUCCCUACCCAAUAACCCCUCCCGCAGACCGAUUGCAUGCACCUCCUUCAGCUGUAUCUGAGCUCUUGAACCCGACGGAAACGAUGCCCGAGCCUCAGGAAUAUGCUCUGGACCAUUAUGACCACGAGGCAGAAGAGCAGGCCGAAGAUAAGGCGCGGAGAGAAAAGAACAAUGAACAGCUGAAAAAUAUACCGUUCGAUACAUCGCUGCCGCCAUCGCGCAGCCUGCCGAGCCACCCACCCCAGAAGCCGCCGCCGAAGCCUCCCGCCGCCGACGCUCCUCCGACCGUGACGAUCAUGGGCCCCACGCCACAGCCAGACGAAGGCCUCAGCAAGUUUCCCUCUCCACCGCGGAAAGCACCCCCUGCGCCUCUCCAGCUCAGACAGGAGAUUCAACGCCAUAUGGACUCUUCUAGCGCUGUUGAAGAUGCCGAUUCCGAUUACGACGACAUCUCUGAGGUUGACGAAAUCCUUCCAGAGAAGCGUGGCCGCCGACGUACGCGCGAGGAAGACGAUCGCGAGCGUGAGGUGAUUGCCAUCCAGGAGGCAGAGGCGCGAAGUGUCUCUAAGCAGCCUGAUGCCGGAAAGGGAGAGGCUGCCAACUCUAAAACCCCCUUGAGCCCUGCAUCUGUGCCGGCCAGCUUGCAGCCGGGGAUGCCAACCGCGUCCUUGGAUGCUGUGCUCAGCGGAGCCAAGCCAAAGGAGCUGACCGCUCCCGUCCUCAGUCCCGGCUUGCCUGCAAGCCCUAGGCCGUUCGGAAACCCCAAAAUGACACUCGGCAACCCCCCGUUGUCUCCAAGAGGGGGUCCGUUAUCGCCUCGGCCUCCACGACAGGCCAUCCCCAUGCCGCCUGGCACGCCUCUGGUGGUGCCGCCCACUGCGUCACUCGGCGAUGGAAAUCCGCUGAAGAGGGCGAUGGAGGCCGGGGACUAUUCAAAGGGCGCGUCGAGCCCAGUGGAAAGGACGGCCAUUUAUAGAGGCUUGGUGACUGAUGAGUACCCCGAUCUCUUACUGCCGCCAAACGCGUUGCCAUCCAUCGCCAUAAGGGUUGCAUCGUCCCGUAUGAAGCCAUCCAGAGCAAGCCUCUUGUCGUUGACUCAGCUCGAAGAGGAUCCGGUGUUUACGCUUGCCAUCAUUUCGCGGGCUGACGGGGGUGAGCUAUGGCGCGUAGAGAAGGACUCUGCAUCUUUGGCCAAGCUAGACCAACGGCUGAAGCAGUGUCCUGCGUUUACGGCCAGAACUCCGGACAGGUCUUUGUUUACCGGCCAUGCCCCCGCCAAGAUCGAUGCCCGCAGAGCCGUGCUAGAUCAAUACAUGGACGAGCUUCUGAAUACGCCGCUUGACACCCCAACGGCCCUGGAGCUCUGCAAAUACCUGUCGAACCAUACCCUGCCUCCCAACGCCGAUGAGACUGGACAAACGUACAAGCCAAAGGAUGACAACUCUUCGAUUCGAUCAGAUGGCCGACCCACCCGCAAUGGUUAUCUCACCAAGAAGGGGAAGAACUUUGGCGGAUGGAAAUCACGUUUCUUUGUUCUCAACGGGCCUCUUCUGAAAUACUAUGAAACUCCGGGCGGCGCGCAUCUCGGCACCAUCAAGCUUCAGAACGCUCAAAUCGGAAAACAAUCGCACAACAGCGACGCCAAUACCCCGACGUCCAACGGCAACGACGAGGAGCUGGACAGUCAAUAUCGCCACGCUUUCCUGAUCCUCGAGCCUAAGAAGAAGGACUCCAGCAAUCACGUCAAGCAUGUCCUGUGCGCCGAGAAUGACCGAGAAAGGGACAUCUGGGUCGAUAACCUGUUGCAGUGGAUUGACUACCGAGAACCUGAGGAGGAUCAACAUGCGUCUAGACCAACUGUGCACGAUCGGCAGACAUCCGGAGACCAGCUCAACAGCGCCGGCAAGUCCAGGAAGGGAAGCAAAGCAGGCCAGCAGCAGCAUCAAACGGCGGGUUCAGACACGCUGAUUGGAGUGAGAUACGACUCUACUCACGCUGGCGAUGCGCCGCACCAGGGCAACCACGGCAACCGGCCAAAGACAGCCGGCAGCCAAGGCGAGCAACACCACCAUGCCAGCACGGAUUCGCACUCAAGGCUCAUCUCCGCGCCUAAAGAUCCCCAAGUGAUUUCGGACGCCUCGUCGUGGGGAAGCAAAAUGAACUUAGCGGCGCCGCCGCCCGCACCGGCUCCUUCUCACGAUGAGAAGAAGCAGCGAAAGCGAAGUUUCUUUGGCUUCGGUCCCAAGUCACGCACUUCGUCGGAUGGCCAGGAGUCCAUGUUUGGAGGCAGCGAAAGCGGCUCUGGUGCGACUCCGCCACAGAACGGCUACCACGGCCCGGUGCGCCAUGUGUUCGGUGCGCCCCUGGCAGAGGCCGUGCGGUACAACCCUCCGGUGGACGUGGAUGUGCCCCUGCCCUCGGUUGUCUACCGCUGCAUUCAGUAUCUGGAGGCUCAAAACGCGAUCCUUGAGGAGGGCAUUUUCCGGCUUAGUGGCUCGAAUGUCGUCAUCAAACAGCUUCGAGAGCGGUUCAACAACGAAGGCGACAUCAACCUGGUUACGGACGAGCAUUACUACGACAUCCACGCAGUGGCGUCUCUCCUGAAGCUAUACCUGAGGGAGCUUCCCACUAGCAUCCUGACGAGAGAUCUCCAUCUGGAGUUUAUGUCGACGACGACGGAGAUCACGGACAAGAGCGAAAAGAUGGUGGCUUUGGGCGAGCUUUGUCAACGGCUGCCCCAGGCGAACGCAACGCUGCUCAAGUACCUGAUUGCGUUUUUGAUCAGAAUCAUCAACAACUCCGACGUCAACAAGAUGACGGUGCGGAACGUGGGUAUCGUCUUUUCGCCGACGCUCAACAUUCCUGCGCCUGUCUUUGCCACGUUCCUGCAAAAUUACGAGGCCAUCUUUGGAGUUGAUCCGGAAGAGUACGAGCUCCCUUCUCCCGUCUCGGAGACGGGAAGCCACGGUCGAUCGGAGUCUACGCCGCGCUUUGACCAACCGCCGGGUCGUCCGUCCACGUCGUCCGGCAGCGCCUCUCCCCGGCAUCAGCCGUGGGGAGAUAUGCGGGAUCCGACUAGAUCGACACCGACGCCUCCUCUGUUGAUGAACCUGGGCCCUGCUCGCGGGUCACCAACACCGCCCGCGGCGUCUCGCCACAGUUAUGAACCCUCUUACCUCACGCAUCCGAGCCCCAGGGCAGUCUCCAACCCGCUGCAGGACACGAGCGGCGGCUCGGACAGCCAUUUCUCACAGCCACCGCACCGAGCCAGCCCUGCAUACGAACGAUCCCUGCUCCCCGUGACUGCGGAAGACCAGACAGGAAACGCAAACCUUGCUGCCGCCUCGUUGCGCGGGCGAGACAAUGCCGACACGCCGUCGUCGUCAACGGUGGGCAGCGGCACGCCGCAGUAUCACCACCAGCUGGGCGCCGCAGCCGGAGCCGGAGCCGGAGUCGAAGAAGCUGGCGUUGCACCAGGAGCGUCAUCGUCAUCAGCAGCAGCAGCUUCAGCAGGAGGAGGAGGAGGAGGGGCUGCUGCUGCGGGCGAGGGAGAUGCGAAAAAGUCGAGGGCGUGCGAGGCCUGCCGCGGGCUCAAGGUGCGCUGCGAGCCGGACGCCGUCGAGGGCGAGCCCUGCAAGCGCUGCCGCAAGGCCGGCCGCAGCUGCGUCGUCACGGCGCCCACGCGCAAGCGGCAGAAGAAGACGGACAGCCGCGUGUCGGAGCUGGAGAAGAAGAUUGACGCCCUGACGGCCAGCUUGCACGCCCGAGCUGGCGGCGUCGUCGUGCCGGGUCUGAUGAGUAGCAACAACAACCCGCCGGUUGGGCAGCCUCAUCACCCCCAGCCUCAGCAUCAUCAACAUCCUCCACCUCAUCACCCUCAUCAGCCUCAGGCGCGGCAUCAGUCGGAUAUGUCCUCGCCAUGGACUGGAGGAGGCAUGGAGGCGUCGCCAAUGACGCAGUCAGCACAGACGCCGCCCACGCGGACACCGCAGGACGACGUAUCGGCGUUUCAACCGCCCAUCGUCAUGGCUGGCCAGAAGAGAAAGGCGCACGAUCGCGAGGGGCCGAGCGGCGACGACCACAAGGCCAUGACGCCGUCGACCAGCUGGUCGGGCUUCUCCAGGCCCACCGAGGGCGACAUCGUCGACCGGGGGCUCGUCACCAUGGAGCACGCUACGGGCCUGUUCAACAAGUACAAGGAGCACAUGGUGCGGCAUCUGCCGGCCGUCGUGUUCCCUCCCAGCACGACGGUCAUGGAGCUGCGCAAGACGAAGCCAACGCUGUUCUUGGCCAUCAUGGCCGCCGCCACGGGCGAGAACCACUCGCUGCAGCGCGUCCUGCAGCGCGAGCUGAUGCAGCUGUUCGCCGAAAAGGUGAUUGUCACGGGCGAGAAGAACCUGGAGCUGGUGCAGGCCUUGCACGUCGCCGUCAUCUGGUACUGGCCGCCCGAGCACUUUGAGGAGCUCAAGUUCUACCAGCUCGUCCACAUCGCCGCCGUCAUGGCCAUCGACAUUGGCCUCGGCCGCAAAGGGGGCUCGAGGCGUGGCCCGCCGCCUUUCCGUCGCAACCCGCCGCCCGAUCCCUGCAGCAUCGAGUGUCGCCGCACCUGGCUGACGUGCUUCUUCCUGGCCCUCAACACGUCCAUGUCGCUGCACCGCCCGAACCUGAUCCGUUGGACGCCCUUCAUGACGGAGUGUCUCGAGAUUCUCGAGUCGUCGCCCGACGCGGCGCCCACGGACAAGUACUUUUGCCACCUCGUAUGGACGCAUCGCCUGGCCGAGGAGGUUGGCUCGCAGUUUUCGCUCGACGACCCGUCGACGGUGGUCAAUAUCACCGAUGCUCGGACGCAGUACGCGCUGAGGGCCCUGGAGAGGGACCUCGACAAGUACAUUGCGUCGAUUCCUAAGAAUAUGAUGCAGCGUAAGUCCUCCUUUUUUCUUCUUAUGGCCCUUCAUUCCGACUCGACGGGGGACAAUUGGCGGCCGCCCUUCAACACAGAAGCUCUCAAAGAUGGCAUCGUCAACUCCGAGCCCCUAUCUGCCGCCCACAUCAACGCGCUUUCAGCCUGCCUAACGGCCAUUGAUGGCAUCUUCAACACCUUUCUGUCCAUGGACGUCACGAGCAUCCGCUGCCUGCCCGUCUUCAACUUCAUGAGAGUCGCGUACGGAGUCGUCAUCCUCAUCAAGAUGUACUUUUCCGCCUCGAGUCCCGGCUCGGAAAUGGGCAAGGUGAUUCACAAGGACAACAUGCGAGUCGAGUACUAUCUCGAGGCCCUGCUCGACAAGUUCCGGGCCACGGCCGCCGACAACAAGUGUCGCCCUGCCGCCAAGUUCCUGGUCGUGCUGGCUAUGCUGCGCAGCUGGUUCUUCAAGCAGGGCAAGGGGGAAGGGGGCGGAUCAGCGGCUUCUGACGAUGGCGCUCAACACAUGCAGCAACAACAACAACAACAACAACAACAACAACAACAACAACAACAACACUCGCGCCAACCAAACGUCAACACUCCUCUCCAGCUCCUCUCCGAAGUCGCAACAACAGGCCGAGACGGCGGCACCGCAUCCCGCCUCUUUGCCAGCCUCAACGGCGCCCACCAGCACCACCCCCAGCCCUUCUUCCACGACUCCGUCUCCUCAACCACCGACUCGGCUCCCGCUCCCGCCUCCCAAAUGCCCGGCCCAUCACCCUCCUCCACAGACCUCGACUCCGCCAUGGCCCCCGCCUUCCCGCCCUGGAUGUCCGCCGCCCAGCCCAUGCUGCCCGCCGACCUCGACGUCGUGGCCGGCGCCCUGCCGACCAACUUUGACAUUGAGGGCUUGAACCUCGCGGCCUCCGACCUCCAGGACAUGUACGAGAGCGGGGCCAAGAUUGUCAUGAACGAGCCCUGGUUCACGGAUGCGUUCCAGGGGCUGCCCGAUCCGAAUCUGUUUCCCUUUUGAUCUUUGCACACACUUCAAGCACUGCAAAAAGGGGAAGAAUGGCGGAAUUGAACCAUGUGACGAAGAUCUUUCGAGGAGAAUGUCUUGAAAUGGUUGUGUAUAGCUUGCACAUGUAUUACAUGUAUGACGUCGUGGACUGGGAAGAAUAGGGGAU